CCGUCGCGUUGCUGAUUACGUAAAGCCGCGGAGCCGAGGCAGUUCCGCUGGCUAGUGUGUACGCCGCCAGGUGCUCCCGGCGCCGCCCGCUCGGCUCCCACAGCGCCCGCGACAGCGGCCAGGACGCCGUGUGAAGAUGGACUCCGCCGGCCAAGAUAUCAACCUGAAUUCUCCUAACAAAGGUCUGCUGUCUGACUCCAUGACAGAUGUCCCUGUCGACACAGGUGUGGCUGCCCGGACUCCUGCUAUUGAGGGUCUGACAGAGGCUGAGGAGGAGGAGCUCAGGGCUGAGCUUACCAAGGUGGAAGAGGAAAUUGUCACUCUGCGCCAGGUCCUGGCAGCCAAGGAGAGGCACUGCGGAGAGCUCAAGAGGAGGCUGGGGCUCUCCACCCUGGGGGGGCUGAAACAGAACCUGUCCAGGAGCUGGCACGAUGUACAGGUCUCUAACGCCUAUGUGAAAACUUCUGAGAAACUUGGAGAGUGGAAUGAGAAAGUGACCCAGUCAGACCUCUACAAGAAGACUCAGGAAACUCUCUCACAGGCCGGACAGAAGACCUCAGCUGCCCUGUCCACAGUGGGCUCUGCCAUCAGCAAGAAGCUUGGAGACAUGAGCAGCUACUCCAUCCGCCACUCAAUAAGUAUGCCGGCCAUGAGGAACUCUGCAACCUUCAAGUCAUUUGAGGACCGAGUUGGGACCAUAAAGUCUAAGGUUGUGGGUGACCGAGAGAACGGCAGUGACAACCUCCCUUCCUCAGCGGGGAGUGGUGACAAGCCCCUGUCGGAUCCCGCACCCUUCUAAGCCUGUGGUCGCUUCACCCGCUGCAGAGCACACGCAGCACACCCUCAGCAUCCCGCCGCAGCUCUGUUCAGCGGAGCAGCCAACCAGGCGGAUGAGCAGAGCCGGCUUUGAGGACAGUCCUGCCCAUCCACAUGGAGAUGCGGCUGCCGCGUUCGCAUGAAUUUAGAGAACACAGUCUUGUACACAGAUGUUUUACACUCAAGUUUGUAGAUGAAACAGAUCACUGUGCUGUCCUUCCCAGGGGUGCAGGAAGUGGACAGGGUGGAGGAUUUGAAAGAGUAUUGAGCCACAGCCCAGGCUCCCUUUGGGAAUCAUGUUAGCCCAUCAGAAUGUGGAAGGAUUGAAGAGCUCUAAGCAUCAAAUAAGUGGCAUUUUCUGACGUCCUCCGCCCCUUCCCUGACUCACAGAAGGAACGCAAUCAUCCAGCAAGUCCUACCUGUUACACAAUCUUUUAUCUCAAAAUGCCGAACAAGAAAACUGUCCGUUUUCUGAGACCCCCAGAAAGGAAACCGAUCAUCAGCAGCUGCCUAAUUGUCACGCUAAUCUAGCUUUAACGGAAGCAAAUUCAUUUUUUUAAAUGCAGUGGACUUUUCAAAAAGUUUAAAUUAGGCAAAGCAGCUUUAGCCUCAUAGAGAAUAGUAUUUCUUUGGACUCAAGCUGAAAUACAAGCCUUACAUUGCCUUAUGCUUUAUUUCUUUAUAAUUUUAUAUGUAUAUAGAUGAGAGUUCCUUAAUGGUUGUGAGCACUGUGUGGAAUUUUACACCUGGCCUGCGUGGCAGCCUGUUCCAGUUGGGGUGUUUGAUUUCAUGCACACUCCAUCCCAGUGUACAAAACCUGCUUUUCUUCUCAACCGUGGCAGCUCCCACUGGCUCCCCUGCUCUGCCCCAAAGGGCUCUUGAGCCUCUGGGAACGGGGGGGAGCCAAGAGAAGGAAAAGCCUGUCUUUAGCACCCUUUAAGAGAGCUGUGCCCCCCUUCUCAGUGCUGCCUUUGCAUGGGCCUGGCCCGGCUGGCACUCGUCAGUGACUCCAACCAACCUGCGUGCUGCAUUUGGGACGAAACGACCCCACAGGUCAGGUGAAGGGUGGGGCAUGGGCAUCGGCUAGGAUUGCUGUUGCCUUUUUCUCAGGAGCUACAAAGAUCUCUUCCUGUUAUUAAGCGAUCACACCCCAGCAGCCUCUCUCUCACACCAGGGCCCUGCAUGUCAGAUGGCGUGGUCUGCAGGGGUAGCUCUGUGCCUUAGUGGCUCUUGGCAGGACACUGAGGGCCUUCCUGUGGUCUGCCUGGCUCUGCCACUCCCGGGAGGGGAAGGGCUGCUCAACUCAAAGUGUCCUGUUCGGUAGAGCAAAUGUCCUCUGACAACUCUGUCCCCAGACAGUUCAGACACCCCUGGGGAUGGCACUCCACACACGACAAAGAUGCAGGGGCCAGGGAACCCCAGUGCUUGGUGCCCUUUGUCCAGGGUUAAAAUUGGCCUGUGGGGUGUGGUGUGAAGGCAGGUUGCGUGGGUGUUAACUGAUGUAUCUUUUCCUUAAAGUUAUGAUAAUAGUGGGUAAUUUGUCAAUAAAGCAUUCCUUUGGGGGAAAGUC